ACUUGGGCUGCAAUCAGCGCGCUUAGACGCCUCGGUGCGGGGAUUGGCACCGCGCGUCCCCUUCAUCUGCUCCGGGAACCUCGGCGGCCCCGACGUCUCUGGGCAAGGGGACAGAGUUGGGGUCGCUCGGUGUCACCACCCGCAGCCUCAGAGCUCGCUGGGCCCACCAGGCCGUCGGGGAAGAGCCUGUCUUAUUCCUGCCAUUUGGAAGUUCCUGGGGGUGCAUCUAGAACCCGAGGCUUCCUGGGCCCUGCGGUGCACAGGGACCCCAAGAUCGUCGCGCACCCGGGGUCACCCCAUCCAGAUCCACGCGGGCGGCGGUGGAUGGAGCUUGGGAUUCGGGCAGAAGCGGGCACCGCGUUGCCAAGGCCACGGCAUGAAGGUUGCUGUGUUGGACCUGGGGUCUCUCUUUGCCAAAAUCUUCAAGCCCUCGACGGCGGCGUCCCCCGCUGUCCCCUCGCAGGUCGCCUCCUCCAGCCUCCCCGGAGGUGCCGCCGGGGGCACCCUGUUCUCCUCGGCUCCGACCACGACCCUCUUCCCCUCGCUGGCUCCCGAGCCCUCGCGGGGUCCACCCACCCCAGUGCACGCUCCCCUCACCAACUCCCACCCCAGGGGCUCGGCAGAAGCCCUGAGGUCCCCCUUCUCCCUGCCCGGUAGCCCGAGAACAGCCAAAGUCCAGCCGGUGCCCCCUGCGCCCGGCCCCGCGCCCUCCAGUGGGGGCUGCGGCGCCCCCCGCUCCCCCACCCACUUCGGGGCGCUGGCGCGCUCGCCCCCCGGCCCUGGUGGCGUCUGGGCGGCGGUGCCCUCUGUCGCCGGCCCCGUGGGCAGCGGCGGCAGUGUGGCUGCGAGUCCACGGAACCCUUCCCAGCCCGGCCCAGGAGACCGAGAGCCGGGCGCCUGGAUGGGCCCCGGGCCUGGCCCCAAGACUUUGUUCUUCACCUUGCCCGACAUCGGGGAGGAGUGGGCUUCUGACAGCGACUCGGGGGACAGCGGAGAAGGAAGAGGGCUGUCAGAAGGCCCUAGGAAGCCCAGUGUGCCUGUGGAAAGCAAGGACAGUCUGCCUGCAAACUUUACAAGGAAUGUGCAGAAAGCCAUUGACAAAUACACCAGUGAAUCCUCCUCGUUCUCCUCCAACGGGAGCCACACACCCACAGAAGCCCACAACUCAUGGCUGGGGUCUUCCACGCAGAGUUCCAGCACUGGCCUGUCCACAGAGAGGAGCUCAGUUUAUUCCUGGAGAGAUGAUGAAUUUGACAAGGUCAAUGCACAGAAGGUGCAGCAGCUGUUCUGGGAGGUGGAGGAAAUGUUGUUUGAAGGGAAAGUGAGCCCCCAAACCCAGAAUCUGCUGGCCGAAUGCAGCCAGUGGGCAGAAAGAUCUCUCCAUCUGAGGGUGUUAGGAAGACAGCUCAUACCCCCAACUGAUGAAGGCUUCCGGCACUUCCAGGUGAGGGAGGCUGCUUCCACCCACCACAGGCCUGAACCUGCUGCCUCUGAGCAGAGUGGCAACGUCAGAGAGUUGUGCAUCUCUGGCUGUCAGAUAGUUCCAGCUGCCCUCCCACCCUCUGCUCUGCCAGGCCCUGAGGGCACAGGACUUGCUGACCUCCAGGCAUGGCCAUCCCUGGGAGAAGAAGUUUACAAUGAAGAUGGGAAGAUUGAAGAGUAUUUUGCCUUUGAUGGAAAAGAAGAUGGUGAUGAACUUCUGGAACAAACAUCAGCUCAUCAUGGUAGGAAGUGGAAUAAACACGGGCUUCCUCCUAUUUCUCCUCAUGACUGUAUCAAAGAUGCGGUGGCAGCAGAAAUAUUUGAUCAUGUCUGGAAAAAUGUGGUAGAAAUACUCCAAGAGCUGAUUAGAAAAACCUGGGAAGCUACAGUCACAGGGGGAAAAAAGCAGAAUGAAAAACUGAAAGUAGCCGAAAACAGAUCUUCAAAUGUGUUCAUCUCCCGUAUUAGCACUGAGGUGGCCAGCGUCCCCCCAUCCAGAAGUUCUGAAACUCGUGGCAUGUCGCUAGCCUCUCAUCUCCACCCUCCUCAGAUCCAUCGCUUCUCCAACAAUUUCUACAAUGAUCUGAAUGGGGUGAUGACAAUUCAAGCCAAACCACUCCAGCAAAGACCUACCUAUUUCACAGAUAGAACACAGAAUGAACAAGAAGACAGAUUAUCUGGUGUGGGGGCCAGUGCUCUUUCCUCUAACCGGCCCCGCCUGGGACGAAUCUCAGAUUCUCGUGGUUUACAGACUUCUUUCAAGAAAACAGCAGUGCACAGGAGACUCCCUUCUCUGCCUUCAGAACCACAGAGACUAAAAACCCCCAAUGUAUACAGUGAUGAGAUUCUCAGAGGAACCAAACUGCAGACUUGCGUAGAUCACCUGUCUUCCCCAACAGUUCAAGCCUCCCGGAACAGAUUACCCCCAAUAGUCUCAGAAGCUGGGGAACAGAACACAGCAGUUUCUGGAUCUCGCUUUGUUUCUUACAGAGGAAGGCACCCACAGAACCGUGUACUGAGUGCAGUGCCUGACAGCACAGAGCGUUCGCCUCUUCGAGAAAGAACCAUCACCCUGGAACAGCUUUCAAGGCCCAACACAACUCAUACAUUCCGGUCAGAUACAUCUCGGAAAGGUUCGUUGAAUUCCAUGGAAUUUGCUGGUCAUACAUGGACGGGGCAAAGUCUUUUAACAGGUUCACAAUAUAUGCCUAAAUCUUUUCAGAGGACAACUCCAACUUCGAGAAAGAGAAUGCACGUGGCAUCUUGAUACAGUGUGUCCCAGACCUAUGGACUCAUUGGGGCCUUCAAACUCUCAACCCACCAUUUUCACUUGAAAAGUGGAAGAACAAGUAUUAUUAUUAUUAUUAUAUACACAUAUAUUAUAUAUACAUAUAUACCUAUGUAUAUAUAUAUGCAUAUAUAGUAUAUAAAUAAAAUCUACUUGUCUUACAUUCUGACAUGUGAGACUUCCUGAGAGAAAUGUAAACCAAUAAGUUAACAUAAUGUUUUCAUUGUACAGAGAAUAAAAGUUGAAAUGACUAAUCUUUGCUG